AUGGAUGCACCUUUCCCCCCCUCCGAUGGAGCUCGAGCUCCUCUAACCUCAUCUUCCGGCCCAACAAGUAUCUCUUCUCUUCCCCGUCGCUCAUCUUACGCCUCCGUCCUGUCCGGCACCGCACUGUCGCCCCCGAGCAACGACUACUCGCAUCUCUUGCCCUCCACCUCCACCUCUUCCUAUCCCCCACCCUUUCAUCCCGAAGGCCGCCUGCUGAGGCACUCGGCCGCCGUGGAUGCAGACAUGCAGAUGAACAACUCCUCCUGGAGGACGUCACCCGGCGAUUCCCUCCCUCCUUACUCUCGCAAAUACGCCGACUUCUCUCGUUCCGAUCUUUUAUUUCAAAACCCGGGCGGGCUCUCCGAUCCCGUCGCCCCGUUCUUCACGCCCUCCUACCUCCGCAACUCCCGCUACAUCUCCCGCCUCGAUGCCGCCCGAAGAGCCAAACAGGCAUCCCAACGAGAUGCCCUCUGCUCCGCUUCGACCCCUAAUAAUCCUCUCUCCACAUCCUCCAGCCAGGCCAGCCUACCUCGGAUAACGCCCUCCCACCGCGGGAUGACGUAUGAUAUCAUCGAGAGGGAGCCGCCCGGUGACGACGAUCAUCUCUUGCCUCUGCCAUCUCGCUGGAGUGAUGGCGAUAAAUAUGCCGGUCUGGAACUGACAAAUGGGGGGCUGGAGGUCCGGUACACGGGGCCUGUCAACAAGCACGAGCACGAAGCCGCCGCCGUACGUGCAGAUAAUCCAAUGCCUCCGCAGUGUGGCAUCUACUAUUUCGAGAUAACGAUUCUCUCGAAGCCUAAAGAAGGAAUGAUCGGCAUCGGGUUUUCGAGUACAAAAGCGUCGGUUGAACGACUCCCCGGGUGGGAGCAAGAAUCGUGGGCUUAUCACGGCGAUGAUGGUAAAUCAUUUUUUGGCGAAAGCCAAGGACAAGGAAAACAAUACGGUCCUACCUUCGGUCAAAACGAUACCGUGGGCUGCGGAGUGAACUUCGCGACGGGAUGUGCUUUCUUCACCAAGAACGGCGUCUUUCUCGGCAACGCUUUCCGGGAGUUGCAAAACGUCAAGGUGUACCCGUCGGUGGGCAUGAAGAAGCAACCCCCCGUUCAUCUGGCUGCAAACUUCGGCCAGCAACCCUUCAUGUUUGAUAUCGAUGGAAUGGUCAAGGAAGAGAAAUCCUCGGUCUACUCAGAUAUCCGGGCCACCAACACUGCCAACCUUCAGCCACCUUUAGACGAAUCUGCUUUACUUCAAGAGCUCGUUGCACAGUUCCUGGCUCAUGACGGUUACGUGGAAACGGCCCGGGCUUUUGCCGAGGAGGUUGCGUCGGAGUCGGCCGCUUUGGAGAACGGUCGCCAGGAGCCGCUCAAGAAGUAUGAGGUGGAGGAGGACAUCGAAGCGGUCAAUCGACAGAAAAUACGAGCGGCUAUACUGGACGGGGAUAUCGACAAGGCCUUGAAGUAUACCAACGCCUAUUACGCGAAUGUUCUGCAGACAUUCCCCCAUAUUCACUUUAGAUUACGGUGCCGGAAAUUCUUGGAGAUGAUGCGACGCUGCCACGAGCUGUCCCUUGCGGCGUCCAAGAAGGCCAAGGCGUCCAACGGACUACAUGACAGCAGCGCCAUCCUGGACGAAGAGAUGGAGCUCGACGAGCAGAACGGAGAUGGCUGGGAGGCGGACGGAAUGGACAUGGAGGAACCGGAGCAAACCGCCAAAUCCAACAUCCUUCUCACCGAAGCGGUUCAAUACGGGCAGCAGCUGCGCUUGGACUACCUGAACGACGAGCGUGGAGGCGACAAGAAGAUGCUGGAUGACAUCUUCUCAUUGGUGGCAUAUCCAGACCCGAAACGGUCGGUGCAUGGGCAUUACCUCGACCCUGCCGGACGGAUUGCGGUUGCAGAGGAGUUGAACUCGGCCAUUUUAGUGUCUUUGGGCAAAUCUUCAUCGGCUGCUCUGGAGCGGCUAUACCAGCAGACCGAAGUGUUGGUUACCGAGAUUAGCGAAGAGGGCGGCGCCGGGGCGUUUAUCAACGUGCGAAAUGAUUUUUUGCUUUGA